GUGGAAGCGGCAGUCCCCCAGCCGGCCUGAGGGGGGCAGUAGCAGGAGGAAGGGUUCGGGGUUGGCAGAGCCUAAGAGAGAGACCUGCUCCCACCAUCCCUCUUCACUGGAUUACUGGGACAGCACCUGCGGCUGGGAAUGAGCCUAAAGGCGGCCAGGGGGUCCCCAAGCACCCCGCUUUGAGGCGGAGUAGGAAGAAGGAUGCUGCUGCCGUCGCUGUGAUUUGUCACACUACCAUGCAGGCUGAGGGGCGCCCUGUGUGACCAUCCCUGUCAUUCCCACCAUCUCUCUUUCCCACUCGGUUAUCGCUAUUACUGCACUGAACCCGCGGAGGGGGGAGAGGCCGGAAGGAAAGCCCGGGCAGGAGGGACUCGUCUCUCUCUGUAUCUUUGGAGCCGAACAAGAUGUCGGCCAGGACGCCACUGCCCACAGUCAACGAGCGGGACACGGAAAAUCACACGUCACUGGAUGGCUACCCAGAACCUCCCGUCCCACCGACGAAAUCCAGCAGCCGGCAGAGCCUUCCUCGAUGUCGGAACUCAAUCGCUUCCACGACGGAUGAGCAGCCCCAUAUUGGGAAUUACCGCCUGCUAAAGACCAUAGGGAAAGGGAACUUCGCCAAGGUGAAACUGGCUAGGCACGUGCUUACUGGCAGAGAGGUGGCGGUGAAAAUCAUCGAUAAAACGCAGCUAAAUCCCACCAGUUUACAAAAGUUGUUCCGAGAAGUCAGAAUAAUGAAGAUCUUGAAUCACCCGAAUAUAGUAAAACUUUUUGAAGUCAUUGAAACAGAGAAGACCUUAUAUUUAAUAAUGGAGUAUGCUAGUGGAGGAGAGGUGUUCGAUUACUUAGUGGCACAUGGAAGAAUGAAGGAGAAGGAGGCGCGGGCGAAAUUUAGGCAGAUUGUGUCUGCCGUUCAGUACUGCCAUCAGAAAUGCAUUGUGCAUCGAGAUUUAAAGGCAGAAAACCUGUUGCUCGAUGCCGACAUGAAUAUUAAGAUAGCAGACUUUGGCUUCAGCAACGAGUUCACCAUCGGGAACAAGCUGGACACUUUCUGCGGGAGCCCACCCUACGCUGCCCCCGAGCUGUUUCAGGGGAAGAAGUACGACGGCCCUGAGGUGGACGUGUGGAGUCUGGGGGUCAUUCUGUACACGCUAGUGAGCGGCUCAUUGCCUUUCGAUGGUCAGAACUUAAAGGAAUUGCGGGAGAGAGUAUUAAGAGGAAAAUACCGGAUUCCAUUUUAUAUGUCCACAGACUGUGAAAACCUGCUAAAGAAGCUGCUUGUGUUAAACCCGGUCAAACGAGGCAGCUUGGAACAAAUCAUGAAGGACCGAUGGAUGAACGUUGGCUAUGAAGAUGAAGAGCUAAAGCCGUAUACCGAGCCCGAACCCGAUUUUAAUGAUACCAAGCGAAUAGAUAUCAUGGUGACAAUGGGAUUCUCAAGAGAAGAGAUUAACAACGCCGUAGUAAAUCAGAAAUAUGAUGAAGUCAUGGCCACCUACUUACUUCUGGGUAGAAAGCCUCCUGAGUUUGAGGGAACCGAGUCUCUAUCCAGUAGCAACCUCUGUCCACGAUCCCGGCCGAGCAGCGACUUAAACAACAGCUCAGUGCCAUCGCCGGCACACAUGAAGGUGCAGAGGAGCAUAUCCGCCAAUCAGAAGCAAAGAAGGUUCAGUGAUCAUGCCGGACCAUCGAUCCCUCCUUCUGUUUCGUAUACAAAACGAGGGCAAGCAAACAGUGUUGAAAGCGAACAGAAGGAAGACUGGGACAAAAACGGGUCACGUAAACUUAGCAGCACUAUGGUCAACUCCAAGGGAGAAGUGGUAGCUAGCCCCCUGGCAGGGCCAGAGAGAAAAAAGUCUUCAGCCGGAACAAGUAAUAGCUUGUUUCCCGGCAGUGGGAUGACCAGAAGAAACACUUACGUAUGUGAACGCACUACUGAUAGACUGACUGCUGUACAAAACGGAAAGGACAGCAGCCUCACUGAAAUGUCUGCAGGGAGCACAACUUCUACAGCAUCUGCGGUACCCUCAGCCCGACCCCGCCACCAGAAGUCCAUGUCUGCUUCAGGCCACCCCAUUAAAGUCACUUUGCCUACAAUCAAAGAUGGUACUGAAGGUUUCCGGCCAAGUACUGGGACUCAGAGGGUGCCAGCCACGUCCCCAUCCGCACACAGUAUUAGCGCCACUACACCGGAUCGGACACGCUUCCCUCGUGGAAGUACCAGCCGGAGCACUUUCCAUGGAGAGCAGCUCAGGGAUCGACGCACAGCCACUUACAAUGGCCCGCCGGCAUCGCCGGCCCACGAGACCACCCAGUUCUCUCACAGUAGAAGGGGAACCUCCACCGGAAUUAUCAGCAAGAUCACCUCAAAGUUCGCACGCAGGGAUCCAAGCGAAGGGGAAGCCAGUGGGAGAACGGAUCCGUCCAGGAGCACCUCAGGUGAGCCAAAGGAGCGGGAAAGGGAAGAUGCAAAGGACUCAAAGCCACGAUCUUUACGCUUCACCUGGAGCAUGAAGACCACCAGCUCUAUGGACCCCAACGACAUGAUGAGGGAGAUCCGCAAAGUGCUGGAUGCCAACAAUUGUGACUACGAGCAGAAGGAGCGCUUCCUUCUCUUCUGUGUCCACGGGGAUGCCCGACAAGACAGCCUUGUACAGUGGGAAAUGGAGGUGUGCAAGCUGCCUCGCCUGUCCCUCAAUGGUGUGCGCUUCAAGAGGAUAUCUGGGACAUCUAUCGCCUUCAAGAACAUUGCGUCCAAAAUUGCUAAUGAGCUAAAACUGUGAAUUUGAUCCCUCAACGGGUAACGGUCAGAGUGACGUCCAGUGUCUGAGUGUACUGCUGAGCCCCGUAGGCUUGUCGUGGCACAUUUGGGCAUCUGAACCAGUAAAGGGCAUUAUUACUCCGGGCACGCGAGCCUUCCUCUUACACAAAAUGCCCUUACUGCAAUAAGGUUAUACAUAGCUAUGAUGAAUUGUACAAUCUGAAAUCAAGCACCACUUCUGCAUUAGUCAACCGUCUGUGUCAUGUACAGGUGAUGAUCUAGAACAUUCUGUUCUCAGUCGAUGUUCAUAGAAUUGUAUAAUAGACGACUGAUUGCUCAGACGAAGCAGAUCUUGUAUAGCUGGGUUUAGUAGUUUUACUGUACAGAGAUCUACGUUCAGUGUUUUUGUUCCGGAUUCUGGAUGACGGCGUUCUUCCUUAUUGUUUAACGAGAGGAUGAUUUAUUUUUACUUUUUUUUUUUUUCAGUUUUGUAACGUUUCAAUAUGGCCAUUAUUUAACAAAAAAAACAAAUCCACAGCUAUCGUAUAAGGGUUUGAAACCAAACCAUGACUGUUUCACAUUUUGGGUGAUCUAUCCACUGUUCCAGAGCAGGGCAGAGUUAGGCGCAGAGAACCUGUGAUACAUGUGAUGAGCCUUUAGUGAAGAUUAUCUUUUGCUUGUUGUGCUAUUUGUUCCGGACAGUGUUUAAGAAUGGAAAAACGUUUACAGUAAGGAUGACGAUUUUAUUUCAGUUGCCCCGGGGCAUCAUUCUCCAUUCUUUUCCAGAUACGAUUCUGGGAGUUGAGCUGCACAAUCACGUAGGUCGAUAACAUUGGUAACUCUGGGUUUACAUUGCUAAAAAAAUGUGUAGCUUCCCCCUAAGCGAGCGCCCCCAGAGUAACGCAUAGGAGACCUCUAGCUCUGGCAUGGCUUAAUAACACCUUGUAUAUAUUCUUUUUUUAAAAGAAAAAUGUGAAGGAAGGGCAUCGCUGCCAGCUGUAGCAUCUUCAUCACGCAGAUCCCAGGCAUCCGAUUCGCCAUCAGAGAUGGUGCAGCCAUAGACGGAAGCAUAAGCCGUGGCGCUAGCGGGGAAGCAUUUAUUCAGUGUUAAAUAGUACAUGUGGCAUCAGUGCCAGAGGGCCGCCAUUUUGUUUAUGAUCAACGUCUAACAUUGCAUGGGCUGAAACGUGUGAGAUGGUCAGAAAGCCUUUAUUCUUAUUAUUUUUUUUUAUUUUUUUUUUACCACCCUACACUCCUAAGAGAGAUAUCUCCGUGCACCUAGCGCCUCAUUUUCUUGCUUUACCGCCCCUUAAAGGUACACUUUUAUCCUAAAUAAAAAAAAAAAAUGUAAUUUGUUCCUCAAAACCAUAGGAGACCUGGAAGUGGCAUAAAAAAAAUGAUUUUCCUAUAGUCGCCUUUCUGCUUU